GCAGAAAACGGGAAGUUUGACUUGGAACAAAUAAGGAAGCUAACCGGCAAAGUUUCCUCUUUAAGUGGUGUCAUAUCUACGAAUGUUUUGAGUAUUUUUCAAGGGCUUUAGGUCUUAUAAUUGUUAUUUUUGCAAGCAUAUAUGCUGGGGGACAUUUUUUAUACAUUGUAGCUGAUGACAUAGUUUUUGUCGUAGACGUAGAUAAAUAGUUUACGUUUAGUCAUAAUUUUGUUAUAGACAGGUAGUCAUGUCGAGGAGGAUGAAGUCGCUUCAUGAAAGCUACUGAGUAAGAUUUAAUAAUGGUUUAACGCCGAGCAUCCAGGUUUACUUAGGAAUUGGAGCUGUUUCAAAUGUCUGGAAAUGUUGAACAUCCCGUCGCAAGCGUUCCCGGCACCCAACUCACAGCAGCGGGUCUCUCAGUCAGCAAGAAACAAGGUGGCAUUGAAGCCAGGAUGCAGUCUAAUGGACUGGAUCAGGUUGACCAAGAGUGGCAAAGACUUGACUGGGUUCCGGGGAAGGCUCAUUGAGGUUACCGAGGAGGAACUGCGGAAACACAACACGCGAGACGACUGCUGGACCUGCAUACGAGGCAUGGUCUACAACGUGAGUCCUUAUAUGCAGUUUCACCCCGGGGGGGAGGAUGAACUGCUGAAGGCGGCUGGUGUGGACGGCACUGACCUGUUCGAUCAGGUCCACAGAUGGGUGAACUACGAGUCUAUGCUAAAGGAGUGUCUGGUCGGCAGGAUGGUGGCCAAGCCCAGCACACUUAAACAUGGUUCUUCAAAUACACAGAAGAUUAACCCUUCUGUAAACCGGUUAUACCCCUCUUCCCCCAGCACACUUCUUGAAUCAAACCUGCCUUCUCUGCUUCCCCCUCCAACCAAGGACCACUGUCCCAGAUUUGAUUGGUUUCAGACAGAUUUGACUGUCAAUAUCGUGGUGUAUACAAAAUGUAAGAUUCCGACCUCAGGCAUCACUGUGGUCGACUUGCAGGGUGGCACUCUACGGGUUGAGGUAUUCCUUGGAAAGCUGUCAUAUCUGCUCCAUCUUCAGCUUUCUCAUGAAGUACAGGAACACCUUUCUGUUCUCACUGCUAGUGCAGUUGGAAAGGUGCAAGUCUGCAUGCACAAAGUUUCCAGUGGUCAGUGGGCCAGAUUGGGCGAGCCCUUGGAGUCCCAUGAAUCAUUUCUGCACAGGAAGGAUCGCGGCAUCUUUUACAGGAAGUGUGUGUUGGUGUCCAAAACACACAUCACACAUGACACCAGCGUGUUUCGGUUCCAAAUGCCACCUGGUACAGUCAUGCAGAUUCCAGUCGGUGAACAUGUCUACUUAAAAACUACCGUCGAAGGUAAUGAGGUUGUAAAACCAUACACUCCAGUAGACAAAACACUGAUGCCUAAUUCACUGGAGUCUACUGAAGCCACUGGCGACGUCUUCCUCAUGAUAAAGGUCUAUCCAGAUGGAGUGUUCACACAACAUCUCUGUGGCUUGAAUAUAGGAGACUCACUGGCGAUCAGCAGUCCAAAUGGAUCCUUCAAUCUCCGCCCCCUGCAUGACAUCACUCACCUGUACCUUCUUGCUGCCGGCACUGGCUUCACUCCCAUGGCAAGGCUCAUUCGUUUCGCUCUUCACAAUGUUGGGAAUCUCAGGAACACCAAACUGAUGUUCUUCAACCGACAGGAGAGCGAUAUCUUGUGGCGUUCAGAACUGGACCAGCUUGCUGAUACGGAGGAAAGGUUUGAAGUGAAGCAUGUUCUCUCUGAGCCAUCUGAUGACUGGACAGGCUGUCAAGGCCGAAUCGAUGCUACACUGCUGAUGGACUUCAUGAGCAGGCCAAAGGAGUCCAGGUGCUUCGUGUGCAUAUGUGGUCCCACACCAUUCACAAAACUGGCACAAGGGUUUCUGCAGCAGAUGGGAUAUUGUGAUGAAGAGAUCCACACAUUUUUAGGAUGAUGUGAUGAAGCUGCUGGCCCCUACAGAAGUCUCUGCAGGGGAGAUAUGUGAUUGUGGAUGAUUUUUAUUUGCAUAAUGGUUGUGUUGUGUGUGUUUUCUCACUAUGCACUAUGUCUGAUGCUAGCUGGCCUUUCUCACCAUCCAAACCAGGGAGACUAUCCCCAGGGCCAGAGGAGAAGGUGCCUGCUGGACUCUGCUGACUCUCUGCCCUUUUGAUAAACUCAGGUUAAUGAUACCAAUGAUCAGACUAUGUGCAUCUAACCAGCAGACUUUGAGAACAUUUUGGCUCACUUCGACAUCUCACAUUGGGCUGGACACAACAUCAAGUAUGUUGGUGUGCUGUAUGAUGUUUGGCACAUAUCUUACAUACCUUUUGUUUUGGGGUGUGAAGGAUAUAGGUGCUCAUAUGCUUAAGUUUAAGGGUCCCAACUUGGCAUAAUGUAAAUUUGUAUAAUAUUGAUUUGAAUGUCCAGUGAUAAUCCUGCCAUGAUGCUCAUGAUGACUUUUAUUUGGGGGCGAAACAUACACUUUUCCUAUAAAUUCACCCAUGUACAAGCAAAAUCCAUGUCUUUUAUAACACCUGCCCAAUGAAUGCUUUACAUGGUAGUGCAGUACUACAGAGUUAUAUAUAGUAUACAGAAUUGCACAGGUUUGGGGUACUGAAACAGAACUAUUUGUUGAUAUUGCUGUUUUCUGAGAACAUCAUGGAUGUUAUAAAGUCCUUUAAUUUUGUACAGCUGAGUACUUUGAUGACGAAUUCAAAGAAAAUCAUUAUUUUUAAAGAAACCCACCUCAAUAUUUUGGGAAUCACAUUUAGUUUAAAAGAAUAUGAGUUAAGGUCACUUUCUGCAAGUCCAUAAAAAGCAAUACUCUUCAAAAGCCAAUUAAAUCAAGGCUAUGUUUUGGCUUACAUGACAAACUGGGAAGGGUUAUCCGACUGCCCAUCAUCUGGGGUAAAUUAAUUACAGACUGCCCAGUUUUGACACAGUCUGGAAUUGCUUGCAUGACUCAUUGGUGUCCUAAGCCUUUUGUUAUAAUAUCACGAUGCUGAAAAUGACCUGCUCCUUUUGUCAGAAAUUUCCAGUCCCCCAUGUUGUAAAUAAACACUUGAAUGUGUGAA